GUAGGUUCCACAAUGGUACAGCCAGCAUCACGCUGCACAAUGGUUUCCAGGCAGUGAAAGAGCGUGAUUCAGCAAGCCACUCUUUUUUUUUUUUUUUUCCCCCCCCUCCCGUCUCUUUUAUUUCGUUAUUAUCAGACAUUUUACCUCCCCUUUUUUUGUUCUGCUCUUCCCUCUCCCCCAGGCUUUUUGUUCAGUUCUCUAAAGGAAAACCUUGAUUUUCCUUGAAUCCUACUGCCCAUCUUUUUAUUUUUUUAAAUUAUUAUUAUAAAUAGCCCAUCUUUUCCUCGGCACUGUUUGGAAUGUGAUUUAAAAAUAACCACCUAAAGUCGCAGUUUGGGGGAAAGGUUGCUGGACGAGGAGAAUAGCUCGCAAGCACGGAAUGGGCUAGUGUUAGAAACCUGUACCAGCAGCAGGCCAGACUCAAAUAUCAGCUAUGGCAAACUGUGCAUGACGUUGAUGCCUUUGAACUGUUUCCUAUAGAUGAGGCCUAGCACGUGCUGUGGAUAGUGCCCAUUGUUACCGAGGAAGAUGAAAUGGAUGGUGUCUUAGGACAUUGGCACCAACAGGGUGAGCUAGCACUUGACUGUCUGAUAGUGUGAAUCCUGCAGCAGCUUCUUAUUGCAAAACAACAACAAAAACUUAAGAAAGAUUCCUUUGAAAUUGUGGAAGUGGCUUGAGAUUCCAGGUAUUUAUGAGCCGGCAUUUCUUGUAUUAUUGUGGUGAACCUACCCUGGAUGUGAAGAUUGCCUUUUGUCAGGUGUGUGUUCCUUACAGGUAAAACAAGGGAUUUGGGAAACAAGUGGAUGUGUCAUAUAUUGCCAAACAUUACAACAUGAGCAAAAGCAAAGUUGACAACCAGUUCUACAGUGUGGAAGUAGGUGACUCGACCUUCACAGUUCUCAAACGCUACCAGAACUUGAAACCUAUUGGCUCUGGGGCUCAGGGAAUAGUUUGUGCUGCAUAUGAUGCCGUCCUUGACAGAAAUGUGGCCAUUAAGAAGCUCAGCAGACCAUUUCAGAACCAAACUCACGCCAAGCGAGCUUACAGGGAGCUGGUCCUCAUGAAGUGUGUGAAUCAUAAAAACAUUAUCAGUUUAUUAAAUGUCUUCACACCACAGAAAUCUCUGGAGGAGUUCCAGGAUGUUUACCUGGUAAUGGAGUUAAUGGAUGCCAACCUGUGCCAGGUCAUUCAGAUGGAGCUAGACCAUGAACGAAUGUCUUAUCUACUGUACCAAAUGCUCUGUGGUAUCAAACAUCUUCACUCUGCAGGAAUUAUCCAUAGGGAUUUAAAACCGAGUAAUAUUGUCGUGAAAUCUGACUGCACGCUGAAGAUUUUGGAUUUUGGACUGGCCAGGACUGCAGGCACCAGCUUCAUGAUGACUCCAUAUGUGGUGACACGUUACUACAGAGCACCAGAGGUCAUCUUGGGCAUGGGCUACAAGGAGAAUGUGGAUAUAUGGUCUGUGGGAUGCAUUAUGGGAGAAAUGGUUCGCCACAAAAUCCUCUUUCCAGGAAGGGACUAUAUUGAUCAGUGGAACAAAGUUAUUGAGCAGUUGGGAACACCCUGUCCAGAAUUCAUGAAGAAGCUGCAGCCGACGGUACGGAACUACGUUGAGAACAGACCCAAGUAUGCUGGCCUCACUUUUCCCAAACUUUUUCCAGACUCUCUCUUCCCAGCCGACUCAGAACACAACAAACUCAAAGCCAGCCAAGCCAGGGACCUUUUAUCAAAGAUGCUAGUCAUUGAUCCGGCCAAGCGAAUAUCAGUAGAUGAAGCCUUACAGCAUCCAUACAUUAAUGUCUGGUAUGACCCAGCAGAAGUGGAGGCGCCACCGCCUCAGAUAUAUGAUAAACAGCUGGAUGAAAGGGAACAUACAAUCGAGGAAUGGAAAGAACUCAUUUACAAAGAAGUAAUGAAUUCUGAAGAAAAGAUGAAAAACGGUGUAGUAAAAGGACAGCCUUCUCCUUCAGCACAGGUGCAGCAGUGAACAGCAGUGAGAGCCUCCCUCCAUCCUCAUCUGUCAACGACAUCUCAUCCAUGUCCACGGAUCAAACCCUGGCGUCUGACACAGACAGCAGCCUGGAAGCUUCUGCGGGACCCCUCGGUUGUUGCAGGUGACUAGCCGCCUGCCUGCGAAACCCAGCGUUCUUCAGAGGAUGAUGUAAUUUAGGGGGAAAAAUUAACAGGAGUUAAGAGAUGAAAAGGAAGAGAAAUAAAAUACAAAGAUUUAAAUGAAACAAACAAAAAAAAUAAAGCUUUUCAACCUGCUUCUCCUACAGAGUUAUGUAAUGCAGCUAAGCGCAAGUGUAUAUUUAACUUAUAGUUGCUCUGCUUUGGUCUUCUUCCAACGAUGCUUACUGGGGAGGGGGUGUGGAAAGGAACUGAAAAAUCCUUUUUUUUACCCCCUCCCCAUAAGAUGUAAAAUCAAUGGCUGCAAAACCAGCAACCUGCAACUCUCCUUUUCUCACUGGCAUGACAAGGUGCGCAGUAACCAUUCUCCAACAUACAAGUGUGUAUCUGCCUUCACUCUCUGUUCUGUCAUCUUCUGCCCAGUGAGGCAAAUAGGGAUAUACAUCAAUUUUUCUUCAUAUGUGAAUAGCACAUACACACACACAUGCCGAUAGAAUUAUGGCAGUGUAUGCAACUGUGUGCCUAUAGGACAUGCACAUCUGCGUACAUUCUUAGUGUGCACUCCACAACUAAAUGGCCCAUUUCAGGUGAACUAUAUACAGGAUAUUACCACUAUAUAUUGUCUCUGCUUGUUCAUACGUUCUUGUAUGAGGAUUUGUGGAAGUGUAAAUAACCACAUUAAACUGCGGCUCCCUCAGACACUUGAAGAUGUAGCACCAAAAUUUCUGCUGAGAGUUGUAUAUAUUUUGAAAUAAUAACCACUUUGUAUUGAAAGAAGAUGCCACAGAGCUUCAUAGAAAAAUGUUUGUUUGUAAAUGUUAAGACUUGUUGUUCUGAUUUUUAGAGCAGAUAUGCCAAGCUAAGGCCAGGUUAGAAGGAAGCACAUGUAUCUUUGUAAGCUACAGGGAACAAGAAUGACUUUUUUUUGAAGCGUGUCUAAACCCGGAAGAUGUAUCUCAGUAAGCAACUUUUCUUGUUACUGUUAAGUGAGUUAUCAUCUUAGUUCAUAGAUAGGCUCACUAUUAUGAAUUACGUGUGUGUUUGUAUGGUAGGGUGUAUGACAGGGCUGGGCAACAGGCAGAUUAUGGUCAAAAGGACAUGCACAACUAGUCUUUAUUUUACAUCUAGAUCUUUACUAGGUUAAAUACAGAAAGGAUAUUUGUGGCUCACUCCCUCUUAGUGUAUGUUUGCAGCUUAGAGGUUGUUUUCCCUUUAAAUCAUUCCCUUGCAGGGAUCUCUGCUACUAAGAGAGCCCGCAUUCCCUAGUGACUUUAGCUCUUCAUUUGCUUACGCCAAAUUAUGUGAUUACCCAGGAAGUUUUAUCAGCUGUGUUACAUGGAAAAGAGCCAGAGUGUAUUUUAAGUAAUAGCGGAGGAUGCCAAUCAACUAGUGCACUGGGCUGAAAGGGUCAUCUUAGGCAGUUUUAACAAGUUCCGAAGAACCCAACAGUGACUGAAUAUUAAAUUGAUUUUGCCAGAUAGUAACACGUACUAGUAUUCCCAAUAGUAAGUAAUAGCAGGCAUUUUUACCAGAAUAUGGCACAUCUCCACACAAUUUCAGAAGAACUGUACAUUUUUUCAAGCCAAAACAACAAUUAGCAUUUUCCACUGCAAAGGCAUCAUUACUUGAGUCGGAAAUUAACUAAAAUCUGAGUCAUCUCACUUCUUACCAAAAUGUGCCAGGUAAACUGAAAUUAGCUAAAUCAUGCUCUAAUGCUUUCCCAAAUGUCAAAGGGAGAGGUGGUUUAGAAUAUACUAUUGGAUUAAAUUCACUAAUUCUUAGGUAUUCAUAAUUGUACUUAAAUAGGACUGUACUAUUAGCUGUCCCACAGGCCUGCCUUUCUAAUCAAGUCAGAUCUUGUUCAAAGGGAAGAAAGCAAAGAAAGAAACUUUUCUCCAGGAUGAGGUGGUGAGGGGAGAUAAAAAUUAAGUGGAUAUAAAGUAAUUUCAGAAUUGGUAAGUCUGAGGUGUCUCAAAAUUGCCAUAGAAAAAAUGCUGGUUGUUUUGGUGUGUGUUUGUGUUCAGCGUUUUUUGUUUUGGUUUGGUUUUCCCCCCUACGUAUAUUUUUGGUAUAUUUCUCUGGAAAGCUCUUUUCAUAAUGAGAAGUAAUUGUAAAAGCAAUAAUUUACUACUGCUAAAAAUAUUUAGCAAUAUUCUCUUUCAAGCCAUGAAACAUCAAAUCAUUGUUGAGUGAUGUAACUCCUACUUCAAAGGCAAUGAUCAUGAAAGUAUUGAAAGGUAAACAGCAAUGCUUUCUAGGUAUGAAGGCAAUAACACCAAGGGUGACUUCUUAGCAAUAAUGAAAUGUAUCGCCUCCAGAUAUAAUUCGUCAUAGAUAUAUAUUAAAAAUAAUCAGGUAACUACUAUGACCUCUUUUAUAUUCCUUAGUGUGCACCAUUUGGGUGUGUUAUUUCAACAAGUAUGUCAAAGAGGCAAAGAUGUUAUGUAAGAAAAACUGCAAAUAACCCCACAGAUGUUGAACGUAGAAACUAAGAAUAAUCACUGUUCAUAAUCAUAUUAUGGAGAUGUGGCACGAGCAAUAGCAUAGAAGCCAUUUAUAGUAGACUGAUGCUUACAGAUCUCCCAUGUUUCAUCAACUGAAGCAAAAAAAACCUGCUCUUAGUCCCACGGUAUAGUUCAGUCCUAUUUGGGUUCCUGAGUGCUGGCUGGAGAAUUGGUCACCAUAGAAGGUGUCCUAGUGAUCGACACUAACUGAACCCACAGCAGGGAAGCAAUACAGCUUUAUUCCCGGAAGCCCUGAUUCCGCUAAGCACCAGUGCUUGUACAAACGUUUCAUAGACCAUAGGGAUGCUGACAUAAUUUUAACCAGGAUGUGCUCUUGUCCUUUGCUCAGCAGCGAUCGACAUCAGCAUGUGCUUAAGUGCCUUGCUGAAAUGGGACCUAUAAGAAUUACUGCAUCUCUUUCUUUGUCCUCAAAUUAGUCUCCUUUAUGAGAAGCUCUAUCUGGGGGAGGAGACUUGGGGCUGUCCACAUUGGACACUAGAAAAAAGCCAUCAGUGAAGAAAAGCAAUAGUUCUUUGUAUGUCCAAACUGAUGUAGUGGUCAUCAAACAGGAAUAUUAUUCUUUGUUUUGCUUUGUGCCAGGAAGUCAGCACUGUCAGCUGACACUUUAGAAAAAUCAGUGUACUCUUGCAUAAAAGAUUGCAGUGAUGAUGUUCUGUAGCUGUCUUACAGUAAACAAAAUUUUCCUUUCAGAUUCUAGAAGUUUUGAUACCCUUCACUUCAAGUCUGUUCCCUUUAAUCCCAAUAUAUUGUGUUCAGUCUGGUAACGAUAGAUGCUUUUCUUAUUUUCCUUGCCAGUGGUAUUUCAAAUCUACCUCUGUUUAAAAUGUUACUAAAUUGUACUCGAGUAACAAUUUUCACCUCACUCUCUGAGGUCUGCAGCUGUAAAUGUAAUUGCCACUGCUGAAGAGGUAUAGGAAAUUGGGAAACAAGAGAUCUAUGACAGAUGCUCCAAGGUAUUUAGGCACUAAAGGGGCAAUCAGAAAGCCCAUGCCAGAAGUGGCACAUCUUCCAUCAGCACGAAUGGCAGCUGGACACCUUUGUAUUUUUGAAAAUAUGCCGAAGAGCCUAUUAGCAUCUUAAGUGCCUGAAUACCAUAAGAAAUUCUGUCCCAUGUGGCUUGUCAUGUAAAUGGCCAUAAGCAGGUUAACUCUCAGUGAUUGCUCAGAGCUCUAGCUGCAAAAAAAACAGCAUUGAGGAGGUAGAGAGGAAAGUUGCUGCAAAAUAUUUCUGCUUUAUUUUCAGAUGGCAUGCUUCUGGAGAGUGCGAGAAACUAAAAAAGAAAAAAAAUAAGGUCAGAAUUCCUCUUAAAAGACCCCCCCUCCCUUUUCCUUCUCCCUAAUGAAUUUAAAUGAGGACAAGGUAUUGAUUUGCUUCAAGUUGAUGUACGGUUAUGCAUGUUUUCAGUCAAAAAUUUUCUGUAAUUUUUGAAAUCAGUUUUCAGAUACUGGCUUGAUAGCUGGAAUUGUGAGGUUUGACUAUAUUCCAUUUAAAUGUAAUAGAUCUUUAGAGAGUUCAAAUGUUUGAGUUGGUCACACACCAAUUUAUGCAAAUCGCAUUGUUAUUGGGAAUCCUCCCAUACUACCUAUGAUUACAUGGUACAGAUAGAUUCAGAAAUCUUAGCAAGCUUGCAUUAUGUAAAGUGGAGCUUAAAUUGGAGUACAAGUAUGGUAACUUGUCCAAAAAAACCAAACCAAAACCAGAAAACCACCACCACCACAACAACAAAGAAACUACAACAAACCCACAGAAAGCCUGAUCAGUUACUUCCCUGAUGCACUGAUGGUUUUUCUCUGGAAAUCACCAGUUCCUGGAUGAUAUUGGCUUCUGGAGAUUACACAAGACAGAUAAACAUGUCACUGCAUCACUUUUCUAAACUUAUAACCAAUAAUAGGUCAAUACAUAUGGGUUUAUCUUCACAUAUAUUGCUUUACCUUCCAGCUUUGGGCUAAUGAUACUGAAGAAAUUAGACUUGCUGGAGUGCCUUUAGGAAAUUUUCCAAAGUAGUGCGACUUAACUGAUUUGGAUUGUAUUCUAAUGUUUGUCAGUGAGCACCAGUGAUUUGAUUUCCACCAAUGUAUUUUCUCAUUAAAAAUAUGCUAAUGUUCAAGAUUAGAACUGCCUGAGAGAACCCAUUUCAGCAAAUCUCCCAAAUGUGUUUUGAGUGUCCCAAAAUCCUUAGAAAAGGUAAUUGAAAUAUUUUAAUUUAAAAUAAGUUUUAAUAGCCAACGUUAGCUUAUUUAUAUUAAACACUUGGCAGUAUUUCAAAGGAUCAAAAAUUAUUUUAGUUUCAGAUCUAUCUAUAUUUUUUUCCUCAUGCUUAUUGAGAUUUUAAAAUUUUGUGUGAAUUUGAACAUGAAAAAUAAUGAAAAUCUUUUUAAAAGGGCAUUUUGCAACAAUCUCUGUCAGCUUGCAGGGAGAGCAAUAUGAAAGCAAACCUGCAGGGAAGGAUUAGACUUUCAGUUGUCUGGCAAAAUAGUCUGAGUUAGUGGUUCAUUUUAAGUAUAGGCUUUUGUUUCUCUUUGCAUCCAUAUGUGUGCGUAGGAAAGAGAGGUGGUACAUAUGGAUGUGAUUUUUAGAACCUGUGUUGUAUUUGUAUUUGUUCCAAGUUCUCAGUGUGGAUAAAGAGUGUAAUUGUAACAUAAUCAGACAUCUUCAAGAAUCUGACGGCUGUGCUUAUUUGAACUUCCACCACUUUACAAAGGACACAGUUCACUAAUUGCAACCUCAAGGUGAUCUUUUUCAGACACACAAUAAGAAAAUCACGUUUGAGUAUUCCACAAAUACGUAAUUUCUUAAUUAGUAAAAUGCUUGGAAGAGGCGUGGGGAAAAGGUGAAUGUGUCAUUUUCACCGAUGAGCUGGAAAACAGACCUGUCAGUAGAAUCUUCUUAGUGUAUUAAGAACUUGCCAGUGUGGCCUAUUUUUUUUUUUUUUCUUUUUAAAAAUUAACUACUGAUUGCAAGAGGUGAACUGCUUUGACUUGGUUUCUGUUCAGGCUCAUUGACCUAUGGCAAGUUUGAGUUAUAAAGAGGGUUUGAUUUGACAAAAGAAUGUUGAAAAACUUCAACUGAGGCUAAUGGUGCCUUUUUAAUUGAGUGUGAAAAGCUGAAAAGCACAUAUUGAAGGAAGACACAGUCAGUUUGGAAAAUAAAUGUAUCCCUACCAUGCUUAUCGUUUCAGACAGGUAAGCCUGUCUCUUUUGCUAAUUUUCCCUGAACAGAGCCAUUCUUGUCUUCUGGAAAGCAAGGUAUUUAUAAUGUAAAUAGCUGUAUUGAAUUUUUUCCUUCCUCUGUAACUAAUAUGUAAUAAUCCAACACACUAUUUCUGGUAAAUCUUUUACAAUAAGGCUGCUGUAUGCCUAAAUAUGGUUGACCUCUGACCUUUUCCUAAGUCACAUGCUGAACAGGAGGGUACUGGAGGUUUCAGUGUACAUAUAGAAUCAUGUAUAUUUAGUAAAUUGAGUAAGUGGGACUUAUGGCCAGUAUACAUUAAAGCCACAACAGUAACAAAGCUCCAGAUCUUAACUAGCGAAAACAACUGUUCACCUUGCCAUGUCCAUCCUGUGAUAAGAUCUAAGUUGCACCUGCCUGUAGUUCUGCAUGAUCAGACUUCAAAGUAUAACUAACAAGAUCUGUAAUGUAUCAGUGUUGAUAAACAUGGCGGGGAGGGUAGGGGGGGGGGAAGAAAAAAAAAAAAAAAACACAAGAAAAAACUUGACCAACAAAAGAAAAUCAGCAGCAGCAACCGCUCGUAUCAAGACUGGAAGACUUGUCCAAUUUUGUUGCACAGUUAUAGCUGAAAGGGAUCAGCAGUGUCAGCAUAAUGGACUGCAGUAAUGACAUUUGUUAUGGAACCAACCUUAUUUCCAUAUUGUUCUGUUUUUACCCUGUUUUUCUUUGACCAUCUGCUGUUCCCUCUGUGUAGUAUAGGGGAGAACAGGGUCUCAGUCAUCAGUGUUUUUAUGGAUCAAUGUUGCAUCGUUGAUUUCUGUUCAUUUAGCGAUUACUGAACUAAGAAAGGAAUCUGGUGUCCUCCCACAUGUCAGGAGGAAUCCUGUCAGAGCUUCCUCAUGAGGAUACUCUUCUCACUGCUGUCUUGACUCCUGUCAGUUGAAUGACUUUGUUCCCGAUAAACAGCACAACGCAGCAAACCAUAUUGAUCGAGGGCUUCAUCACACGUGCGUUGUGCAUUUGUACUUUCACUGGGGCUCAAAGUCAUGCGGGGACAGGACUCAGCUGAAACAUGGUAUGUACUCUAUGCAUGACGCCUAUAUUACACCUUUAUGACCUUAUAGUGGGGAAAACUACUGAUAUUUACAGAUGUGGAUUUGGACCAUCUUUUUGUGGGGGGACGAAAGUUGUAGUGAACUUCGGUCCUUAUCCCAAGUACCACUCGCUCCUACCCAGAGCAGCUAAGUGGAAGGUAAAGCGGUGCGGGGGCCUGCUGGAAGGCUGUGCACAGAGGUGAAUUUCAUGCUGUUUGAAUGUGAUCUUGCCAAAAAAAAAACCUGUAUGUCUAGCAGGGGAGCCUGUGACUGUUCUAUAAGGAGUGUUUGUGUUGUUUACUUUAAAACAAGCUUUGCUAAUUAAAAUAGUGUAUUCUGGA